AUGGACAACUCAAAGCACACUGAGAGAACCAUGAGGGAAGAAAACUCAGAUGGUGAUUCUUCUUCAUCCUAUGAAGACACACACCAAGCAAGUGUAUUAAGCUCCGCUGUAAACGCUUUGCACUGGUCCGCCUCAUCUGCUCGAAAUGGGCACGGUCUACCCACUCUGAUCAGGAUGCGGACUGGCCAUGGGAGCGAUGAACGGAUGACUGUUGCCUUGUUUGGUAGGAAGGAAGUUCCGAAGAGAGGAAUUUGCACCUCGAUCGAACUCCUAGGUACAUCUGAUAGUCUUCCUCGAAGCGUCACCGAAUUGUUUGUUCAUGACCCGCGAUACCCCAAUAACAUGGCCUGUAGCAUACCUGAAGAUGGCUUGUGGCCGCUUUUCAAGGCACAUAAAUCUCUUCAUGGACCCGGUUCAUACACGGGAGCGCUACGGGAUAAAGAUCUAUCCCUUCUUGAAGUCCAAACAGAUUUGGCAUGGCCAGGUGGAAAGGAUUUCAAGCCUUUGGUCUAUGGUACUGAUUUCAACAAUAUUUCUAAAGCAUUAUCUGAGUCAUUCGUGAUUGACCGGCGUCAAUGGGUACUAAGGAAUAAGACGGGAAUUGUAGCCACCUUUGAUACUCGUGUUUGUGAACCUUAUGUGGCCCAAGAUAUCAAAGACUGGGAAACAGGGUUAGGUGCAUUGGCAGAGGCGGAAAAGCAAGGUAUUGUCAUACAGACUUUUAUGGCCCAAUCAUGUGGGAGUGGCUCCAUAUCACCCACUCUGGUAUUUCCCGGUACAGGGGAUCAGACAAGAAGCACAACUUUAUCUGAGAAUUACCAUGCAAAGAAACCUAGUCGGAAAUACCUUUCUGAUGUGAUAUACAAGUCCAUCACCAGUGCAUUGAAUAAUCAGGACGGAAACUCCCAAGGAUUAUCAAUUCAAGUACGUCAAUCCCGCUACAAGCGGACACGCCUUGGCCUCACACUUGCUGGCGCAUUCUCGACCAAGUCUUUUGAUCAAUCUCAUUCUAUGUCUGAAAUCUCCAGUUAUGUGGAGGAAGAAGGCACUGGAUAUACGGGAUUUAUCGAGUUUUCUAUCAUUGCGAGCCCGACAGACGGAGAAUCAAGUAUGAACCAGGUUGUCAAGGUCCAAUUUUUCGCACCGAUGUGGAAUAAUCCUCGUGCGCAGAGGCCGUCCGAGCAUACUCUGAUGCUCGGAAGAUACUUGUUAGCCCAAGGGGACAUGUCUACAUUGACAGGACCAGUUGAGGAAGUUGAGGAUGAUUAUCCAAAUGAAGGGAUAUCUAGUUCUGUGUUACAGAGAUGGAUAAGAACGGGAGUUGGAGGCAGUGCUGCAUUAGGUAGGGAUGGGUUUUCCCUUUUCGAGAUUUCCCCACUGGGUUUGCUCAAAAGGGUUUUUUUACCUGUCCGACACCAGAGACCCCUAGACUGCUACAAGAGUUCCAUCGAGUUCGACCCAACCUGCGACUUAGUCAUCGUGUUUCCAGCACCUUUACAAGUUGAAGAAUCAGCCUUACGCGCCUUGGAUCGAAGUGGAAAGGAUUGCAUGCUUACCAGAGGAAACUCGCGGAAAAUGAUACCUGGAGAUGAGGAUUUGGAACAAGGGCUGGGCCCAGAGGCAGAAAUACCAACAAAACGAACAGGGACCCAUCUCCUUCCAUGCCGUGUUAAAGGCCAGGAUUCCACGGGAAGAGUCAGGAUAUCGAGGAAAGCAGCAUCCCGAGAACUAAGACGAGCUGGUUGA